CAAAGACAAUACGGACGGAAAAUGUGGAAUUCCCGAUCAUGUACCGGUACCUGAACAUGCCACGCUUACCCUUGCACACUCAUCCGCCCAUUCCUAUUAAGAAUUGAGACCAUGAUCACAGCUUUCCAAGGUUCCUUAGGUAAUUACUAGGGAGAUACGACACUCCGUAGAUAUUACCAGGUAGAUAGAUACCUUAUCGCUCCCUUAUCCACCAAACUUCAAAGACAUUCAAUGUGAGACCUUAAUCAGCAAGCAUCACAACCACAUCUUGGUUUGCUGGUACAUAUCCAAUUUCAACAUUUCAUAUUUCAUUUCUCAAUGAUACUCGACAUGACAUGAGAUAUCUAUCAUCCAACGGCAAUGAACAGAUCUUCCUCAUCUACCGGUCUAUCGCUUCCACUUCCCGGCUCCCCAGGAUCUUCAUGGGCCAUGUAUCGAGCUAGAUUUGCCGCUAUUUUUCACGGCGCAGAUACGUCGGUUUUGAUCGCGUUUUGGUUGUUUGGUCUGAUCAAUAAUGUUUUGUAUGUGAUUAUUUUGUCGGCGGCCUUGGAUUUGGUUGGUCCUGAUAUUCCGAAAUCUGUCGUUUUACUCGCAGAUGUCCUACCUUCUUUCGUAACGAAACUCGUCGCUCCUUACUUCAUUCAUAAGAUUCCUUACUGGAUACGCAUCAUCGUCUUCUGCUCCUUAUCCUCGGGGGGCAUGCUCCUCAUUGCAUUAACUCCCGACGACAAAUCUGUAUCGACAAAAUUAUUCGGUGUAAUACUUGCGAGUCUCAGUAGUGGUGGUGGAGAAUUAAGUUUCUUGGGUCUCACGCAUUACUAUGGGCAUUUCAGUCUGGCAGCAUGGGGAAGUGGAACAGGAGGGGCAGGCUUAGCAGGAGCUGGAUUAUAUGUUCUUUUGACAACUAUCAUUGGACUAUCUGUCAAGAUCAGUCUUCUAGCUUCUGCUUUUUUGCCUUGUAUAAUGCUUCUCUCUUUCUUCGUUAUACUACCUCAAGGACCAUUGAGGAGAGCAUCUCUAAGGAAAGAUUACAACACACUCCCUGGAGAAGAUUCGCUUAAUCAACCUCUCACGAGUUCAGAUAUCGAUGAUCUACCACCUGAUUCAGCAGCGGCUUCUCUACUCGCACCUGGUCCGGCCAUCGCAUCAGAAGCCUACUCCUCACACUCUCCCCGGCCCUCUUCUCCGGGAUUAUCUCAUCAUGAACCGAAAUCGACUUUCCUCUAUAAUCUCCACCGCGCCUCCUCUCUUUUCUUUCCCUACAUGCUUCCUCUCCUCCUCGUUUACAUAGCCGAAUAUACCAUUAACCAAGGCGUCUCUCCUACUCUGCUCUACCCUACCCCUUCUUCGGGAAAUCCCUUUUCUCACUACCGCUCCUUCUAUCCCACGUAUGGAUUUAUCUACCAGCUCGGCGGUUUCAUUUCACGCUCCUCUACACCUUUUUACCGAAUCCACAAUCUCUAUAUCCCGUCAUUCCUCCAGAUUGCAAAUCUUUUCCUCCUCAUUUCGCAGGCGUUGUGGUUUUGGAUCCCAAGUGUGUAUCUCAUCUUUGUGGUGAUUUUCUGGGAGGGACUUCUCGGCGGAGCGGUGUAUGUAAAUACUUUUGCGGAGAUUAUGGAGAAGGUAGGAGAGGCCGACAGAGAGUUUAGUUUGGGGGCCACGAGUGUGAGUGAUAGUGGGGGGAUAUGUAUAGCAGGGUUUGUGGGGAUGGUUCUGGAGGUGAGUUUAUGUGAGUGGCAGGUUGAGAGGGGGGAGGGGGUGGUUGAGGAUGACUUAGUGGGGAAAGGGGAGAAAGGGGGGAGAUGA